GUUGAAACUCAGGCAUCUCUCUGUGCACAGCUCGUCGCUCGUACAUAAAAUACACAACAAUUAUUAUAAGAUAUUUACCCUAUAUUUUCAAAUUUGUGGUCGCCUAGAAAAUGGUCAACGAGCUCCACAAGCCCCAAAAUGGGGACAAUGCCGCCUUGAGUGAGCGCCUGGCCGCCUCCAACCGGCAGCUGCAGGAGAUGCAGGAGGAGCACCGCCAGUUGCUCGAGGAGAUGGAAACGUUGCGAGUGAGAGCCGCCGAGCUCACGAGGCUGAAUACUCAGCGCACACAUCUGAGGCAGUCGACCGAAGUGAUGGAGAAGUCCCAGACAACCAUGUCCAGUCAGGUGGAAGCUCAAUCGGAGCCAGAACCACAGCCCUCAUCCUCUUCCCCUCCUGCCGAACCAGCUAACCAGGAGGCUACACCAACUGUGCAGAAAGAGGAGGAAGAGGACAAGGAGGAGACGGCCAGUUACCUGCAGGCCAAGCUGAACGAGAUCGCCAACCUGAAGGCUCAGUUUAAGCGUGUCCAGAACAUGGUGGACACCACUAAGAUGAUUGAGCAACACAUGUCCACCAGGCAGGUGGUGCAGACCAGUUCCUCCGUUCAGAGCAGCCGGCAAACCACAACCUCUGAAGUGCGAGUGGCGAGCGAGGAGGCAGAGGAGGCUGCCCAAGAUGCGAAUGCUUCAUCUAGUUCUGUUCCUGACAACGCAGAGCUCCUGAACUCCAUGCUCAACAUGUUCACGGACUUCACCAGCGAUCUGCGCGGCCAGGCGGAGAGUCUCCGUGCUGAAAGGGAUCGCAUCAGGACCCUCAAGGAGGACAUCAUCCAGCGCAAGCAGGGAAAAUAAGCCAAAUUAGACUUAAAACACGCACUGGUCCUAGUCACAGAAUGUUUUGAAAUUAAAAGAAAAUAUUAUAAAGUUAAAAUAUAAAAGAAAUACAUAAAUAAAUACAUUAUUAUCCGAUAAAA